GUCUGAGCCUCCGCCAUCGAUCGCUCACCACUGCAUCAGCCCCGCCUAUCAGCACAAUGUCCGCCAUCGCCACCGACCCCCCGACCCUCCCCGCGCCCUUCUCCCCCGACGCCGUCGCAGGCCUCUGCCUCCACGAGCCCAAGUACUUCAAGGUCCAGCUCCAGUCCACCGCCCACCGCGCCGCCAUAAUCGCACACUGGGUCAUCCCCGCCGGCGCCCGCGUCCUCGAGAUCGGCUGCGGCCAGGGCGACACCACCGCCGUGCUCGCAGAGCUCGUCGGCGAGGCCGGCCACGUUACGGGCGUCGACCCCGGCGCCCUCGACUACGGCGCCCCGUUCACGCUCGGCCAAGCGCAGGCGCACCUCUCCGCCGGCCCCCUCGGCCCGCGCAUCACCUGGGCCCACGCCGACCCGCUCGCCUUCCUCGCAGCCCGCGCGCCCGACGCGCCGCCCUUCGACGUCGCCGUGCUGUCCCUCUGCACGUGGUACUUCGCGUCCCCACGCGUGCUCUCAGCGCUCCUCGCCGCCCUCGCGCCGCACGCGACGCGCCUCUGCGUCGCAGAGUGGAGCUUGAGCGCCGCGCGCCCCGCCGCGCACGCGCACGUCCUCGCGGCGCUCGCGCAGGCCGCGCUCGAGCACCGCAACCCCGCGUCCGAGUCCAACGUGCGCACCGCGUUCGCGCCCGCGAGCAUCGUGCGCGCUGCGGCGGCGCCGGAGGGCGGCGCGUGGACGGUCGUGAGCGAGGGCCGGUUCCGCCCUGCGGAGGGCACGCUGGACGGGCAGUGGGAGGUGCAGGCGGUGCUGGGUGGGGGGUUUGAGAGGGGCAUCGAGGAGUUCGUGAAGGACGAGGGGGAGCGCGCGGUGGUGGUUGCGCUGCGGGAGGCGGUGCGGGCGGCGGCGGACGUGGUCGGGGGCCCGAAGAAGGUGGAGGCGAUGGACGUGUGGUGCGCAGAGUUCGUGCACGCGUGAGAGGCGAGGCGUCGGUAGCCAGUGUAUUGAAUAACAAGUCAAGUGAAGCUCCUCUGGAGUAAACUAUACGCGAAGGAUAUCUCAGGCUGCAGUCUGGGGGUCGCUUGCGAACGACUUCACGCAUGCGCGGUCAACCACGAUUCAUUCCAUUCAUCGAC